CGCGAGCCCCAGCGUAGCAAGGGUCGCAUCAUCGGCAACGUUCUUGAGGGUGUUGGCGGUGUUAUUGGCGGUGCUAUCGAUCUGGGCACCAUCGGCGGAGCCAUUCAAGGCCAGAACCAGAAGCGCGACCCUCAGCGCAGCCGCGGCCACAACAUUGGCAAGGUCAUCGGCGGAUUUGGUGAUGGUCUCGGUGCCUUCGCUGAUAUCAUUCAGAUCGGUGGAUCUGUCCAGGGCCAGGAGCAACCACAAGCCUAA